AUGUUUGAAGCCCUAGAGUAUCCGAUUGAUUUUUGGAUCCCCAGAUCUGGGUCCAGAGAUAGUUCCUUUAACGUCGAGUUGCUCCGGUGUUUCGACGAGGUUACGGGAGACGAGGAAGAGAUACAAUUCAGCGAAUUGGGGAUUUGUUCUUUGGUUUGUCAGACGGUCCUCUUCUCUCUCUACGGUUUCGUCGGACGAUCAGGCCUGACAUCGAAAGGAUCGAGAAAUGGGUGUUACGCAUUGCUUUUGAUGAUGAGAAGAAUCCUUAUCUACCGAAGGUUUUCUAACAGAGCCAUCUUUGGAAAAUUCUUCCCUAAGAGCGCUGCUAGAGCUACUGUGCCAGGAGGUCCAAGUGUACCAUGUAGUACAGCGAAGGCUGUGGAAUGGGACGCUGCUUGGUCACAGAACCUUGACCUGUCGGGUCGUGCGGCUCUUGGAGUUCAUGUUGCAGCUUAUGAGGAAGAUAAAGCCAAAGAUACCCGUCCUAAGAAGCUACAGGCAGAGAAAACUGCAGAAGGCAUUGUUUGAGGAUUAAACAAGGUUUAUAACGAAUGUUUGCAUCGCACAUUUCUCUUAUUUUCUCAAAAGACAAUACUUUAUCAUCUUCCGUAGGGUCAAUAAGUGCCAAUAAGUUGUCUCUUUAACUGAAUUGUGUUAGGAGUUUCUGAGGAUGUACCUAAG